AUGAGUUUGGCAACUGGAGCUCCGUUGGAAUAUGUCGAGAAAGAUCAGGCAGGCAAGCCGACUAAGACAUAUGUCGAGUCUCCAGUCAAAUUUGGACAAGAGCACCUGAGCAGAUUCGAUGUCAUUCCACAUUCUUCGAGCAGCAAAGGAUAUCGAACGCUUUCAUCAGUGAUCAAUGCAUUCCUACCAGCCGGCUACCCGCAAAGUGUCACGGAAGAUUAUUUAGAAUAUCAGAUCUACGAUUCUUUGCAAGCUUUCUCAAGCUCUAUUGCUGGGCUUCUAGCUUCUCGAGCCGUUCUUCAAGGCGUUGGUGUGGGCGAUGCUUCUGCUUCGCCUACCGCUGCCCUUUUGCUCAAUGUUCUCCAAGAAAGCAUGGGUCGGGUGGCAACGAUCCUGUUCGCACACAAGCUUGGAUCUUCCUUGGAACCUGAAUGCAAAAUGUAUCGACUACUCGCAGACAUUUUCAAUGACUGCGCCAUGGUUCUGGACUGCUUGUCUCCAGCAUUUCCUAGAUUUUCCCGUGUCCUAAUAUUCAGCACCGCGAGUGUUUUACGUGCUCUCUGCGGCGUCGCAGCUGGCAGUGCCAAAGCCAGUUUAAGUGCUCACUUUGCUCGGAAUGGAAAUUUGGCAGAAUUAAAUGCGAAAGAUGCAAGCCAGGAAACCAUAAUAUCUCUCUUUGGGAUGCUGGUUGGUAGCAUUGUGAUAUCUCACGUGUCAACACCCUUUUCUACGUGGUUGUGUUUGUUCUUGCUAUUGAGCAUUCAUCUGGGGACAAACUAUGCAGCGGUACGCGCCGUAACGAUGCGGACAUUGAAUCGUCAAAGAGCGAAUAUUGUGGUUUCUACUCUCAUAGAGCAUGACCGUAUAUUGACACCAGAAGUUGUUUCGAGGAGGGAACGCAUAUUCGAACGUGACGGCGUCGUCCGCUGGAAUCAAUCACAAGCCUUGGCAUACUGCCAGAUUGGAUGUCCGCUCGAGAAGCUCCUUCAAUCACUCUGCCGAGACGAUGCUCGACAAAGCCGUGUAAAGUAUGCCACGGCCAACUUCGGCAGGCUUUUGAAUAUCUUUCAGGGUCAAGAUUAUAUUCUUUGGUACGACUGUAAAGCGUCACAGGUUUUCAUUGUGUUGAAAGAAGGUUCUUCAGUGAAGUCCCAACUAAAGGCCUGGAUGCACAGUCUUCUUGUUGUUCAUGGGGAGACGUCGGGCCUGCCCGAUGGGACAGAGAUAAGCUUCGAUUCCAUGACAAGCAAACAGUUGGAACAAAUUCGGAAUUCUCUGGAAUUUCUAUCGAACAGGUUUGAUAGGUUCAUGGAGACCCUGGCCGACGCCGGAUGGGACUUGGCCACGGCCGCUCUUGAAGUGCGCCCGGGAUAUCGGCUUGCCGUGGGAUCACGAUCUUAUUAG